UCUUUGCUGUUUAUCUCUAUGCUGCUAGUUAAUUGUGGGAGCAGUUCUCUGACAUAAAUCAAAAAUUGUGGUUAUCUGUUAUAGCCGUUGUAGUAUAGGACAAUUUUAUAUUAGUAUUUACACUUAUAGUUUUUUGUUCAUCUCGAAAAAUGGAUAAUGAUUUAGAAAGGUCCGUUAGGUUUUUAGAAGAUGCAACUAGCUCAACUGGACAAGGACUAUUUAAAACCAUAGGGUCUCAGAGAAAAAGAGAUAUAAAUCUUUCCAUUACAAUGACUCCUUACGAAAUGGAAAGAAUAAUACAAGAAAAAUCUAUUCUGGGUGGUUAUAAUGAUACAAUGAAUAUUUUAAUAGAAAGCAAUCAAAUGAUUAGUGGGUCUAUUAUACAAGGUGCAAAUCCCUGGAAUACUACAUUAGACAAUUUGAACAUAGAAUUUUUUGAGAUACUACACAAUUUUUCUAGUGGUCAGGGAAUCUUGGAAGUUGUAGCUGAUUUAGCUAGAUGUUGUUCAGAUGCUGUAUCUGUAAUAAAAGGUUUGAAAUCAAAAGUAGCUGCUUCAUACUCAGAGGAUGAAAAACAAUUAAUUAAUGAAAAAAAUACUUGGAGGUUAUUAUUUGUACUAUAUCAAGAUAGAUUAGCUCUUAAAGGUUUAAAUAAUGAUGAAAUUCUAUUGGAUACCUAUACAGGUCUGAGUGAAAAAUUAUGUGUUGAAAAUUUAUUUAAAAAAGACAAUUUAUUGAGGGAAACACAGUUAGUGAUUGAUUGGCUUGAAAACUGUAGGUCGGAAGAAGAUAAUCUAAUAUCAGAUUAUCCAGAUCAUACAAAUGGAUGGGAAAAUACUCUUCAUCAACUUAAAUCUGCUGAAACAAUUGCCUUCAGCAGUAGUAGGAAAGUAGUUGAUAAAUUAGAUCCAGAUGCUCCACAUUAUCAGCAUUCACCUUUACAUGACUUAGAUAUGGAGGAUGAAAAGAUCCUAUGUGAAAUUGUGUUCAAUAAAAUUAGAAGUGGUAAAUUGGAUCAAGCUCAACAAAUCUGUAUAUCCAGUGGCCAUGCUUGGAGAGCUGCUCAUUUAGAAGGUUGGAAAUUGUAUCACAAUACAAAUAUUAAAAUUAAUGAGCAGAUUGACUUUGACAAUGUUAUGGAAUGUGAUCAAGAAAUGCAGAAUUUAAAUAGUGAUCUAAAUGAUGGUGAAUAUUAUGAAACUGAAGGCAAUCCAUCAAGGGAUAUCUGGAAACUUAUGGCAAUACAAUACUGUAAGAAGGAAUAUCUACGGCUGGAGGAGAAAGCAGCAAUUGCUGCUUAUUCUGGAAUAUUAGCAUCAGUACUGCCUGCAUGUAAGAACUGGGAAGACUAUUUAUGGGCCUAUUUACGUACUAUGGUUGAUAUUCGAGUGGAAUCAGAAAUAAGAGAAAAUGUGAAUAGAGAAUAUGCAUCACUUCCUGAUUGGUUUUGGGAUCAGAGAAUGUCUCUAAAUGAGAUUUUUCAUAAGUUAGAGACCAUAAGUCCUAAAAAUGUUGUUAUGGAAACAAAAUAUCCAGAACAUAUAAUUCAGAAACUCCUAAUACUCGAUGAAAUCAACCAACUUGUGAGAGUGUUGGAUGAAUGGGUCAAUGAUACAAAAGUUUCAACAACUUUUCUUCGUUUUGCUACUCAUCUUGUUUUAUUUUUGGAUCAAAUUGGUCAAUUGAAUAGUCGUGACAUUGUUGAAACAUGCAUCGAACAGUAUGGAAAAAGACUAUGGGAAAUGGGAGAAACACGUUUAGUUGCUUUCUAUUUGAGUAAAGUUAAUAUUAAUCUUCAAACCUGCUUGUAUGCUAAAUGUUUGCAAGAAAUUUUAGAUAAUGAUGAAAGAAAAGAAGUUUUAAAAUUUGCCGAAGAUUUUGAAUUAGAUGUUUUCAAGAUAACUAAAAAAAUUGUUGAAAAUGUAAGAAACAUCCCACAAGAGAUGGAGAGUCAUGUCGACUUGAUGAACAAACUAACUGAGACAGAUCUUUUAAAAAUCUCUUCUUUGGAUUGGGUUUUAUUUUAUGAGGAACAAAGGAAGGAAGCACUUAUUCAGAGUAAUGCUAUGAUUUUCACAUUUUUAACAUUAUCAAAAAUAGAUGCAGCUCAAUUAGCAUUCAAUAAGAUUCCAUCUGAAAGCGUAGAGCGGUUGAUGACUGAAAAUACUAAUAAAUCACUAGAAAGAGUUCUGAAAGAACAUUUGAGCUAUAAGGUCUACUUAGAGGCUCAUGAAGGUUUUAACGAGUGGUUCCUAAAGUUUAAUAGCAAGCUGCAACCCCCAGAAGUGUUACCUGAGUCUGCUCCUUUCACAGAAAAAGUAGCAUAUCAGCACAGAGUAGAGCAGCAUAAAAAUGAUUGUGAAAGAUGGAGAAUAACUACUGAACAUCUAGCAAAAAUUUGUAAAACUCAUUUGUACAAUGUUUUAUUAUUCCCUGAUGGCUGGUUAACCACCAAUGCAGAUUGGGAAUAUUUACGGUCAAUUUGUAUCCCUGAAGUCAUUAUGUUGUUAUAUACUGUAUUGUCUAGAUCUGAAUUACAUCAAGAAUGUUUGCAACUGGCAGAUAUAAUAGCUAGCGAAAAGUAUCAAUUGUACAAGGUAUUUUCCAAAGAGAAACUUGGUGAAAUUUUGUUUAAGUUAUGUGAAAGUUCUGUUUCUUUAUUGAAUGCUAAACAGAACCCUUGGCGGAGAGAUUCGCAAUCAUUUAUGUGAUUUCAUUAAUAUAUUUUUUAUCUAA